AUGAAGCUUUCUGUUCUUUCGCUCAUCGCAGCCGGCGUGGCUUCGGUCAUGGCGGGGUCAUCCUCGGUCUGCCCCAGCGACAACACCCACGCCACUGGUGCGGCGCUCCAAAAGAUCCUCGACUAUAAAAAGGGGGACCACCAGAUCAUGGCGGGCUACUUCCGAUCGUGGCGAGACACGGCGAGUGGCACGGGCAACAAGGUCUCGAUGCUCGACCUGCCCGACUGUCUCGACAUUGCCUUUGUCUUCCCCGAGGGCGACGAGACCGCCUCCUUUUGGACGACGCUCAAGGACACGUACGUGCCUGCGCUGCACGGCCGCGGCAUAAAGGUCGUCCGGAGCGUGGGCAUUGCGCAGCUCAUCAACACCGCGUGGGACAACACGCCCGCCGGGUGGCAGGGCCUCGCGGACGCGCUCAUGAAGACGGUCGACGACUACGGACUGGACGGGCUGGAUAUCGACGUUGAGCAGAGCCUGAAUGCGAACCAGCUGAAGCAGGCCACGGGCGUCUUCAACGCGCUCGCCAAAAAGCUCGGCCCCAAGUCCGGCACGGGAAAGCUGCUCAUUUUUGAUACCAACAUGGACGGCACCCAGCCUCUCUGGCGCAACGUGUACCCUACCAUCAGCUACGUCCUGAUCCAAUCCUACGGUCGCAGCAUCAGCGGCCUGCAAACCACCUACAACUCCUUCAAGAGCUACAUCUCCAGCAAGCAGUACCUUAUUGGGUUUUCGUUCUAUGAGGAGAAUGGGACCAACUGGGGAGACACGACCACGCCCAUGACAUCGAGCCGCGCCUGGCAGUAUGCAAAGUGGCAGCCGUCCGGCGCCACCAAGGGCGGCAUCUUCUCCUACGCUAUUGACCGCGAUGGAGUUGCUAUUGGUGAUAAUACUCUGAAGACGACCGACUUUACUUGGACGCGCCAGUUGAUUGGGGCAAUGAACCCGUAA